CAGGCUCGUCAGCCCGGCAGCACGUCAGUGUUUAAAAGAAAAGAUGGUGGAAGAGUGCAAGUAGGUUGGGACGUGUGUGUUAAACGCGUAAGAGCGAAAUGACUUUUACCGUAGAUUUCUGUGUUAAGUUUACAGUAUGAAGUGUGGUAUGGAGCGAGGGACUGUUCUGUGUGAAAGUGACAUAGUAUCAGUUGUGUGGAAUAUAGAAUUUUAAUAUCCUUGCUGUCUUUAGGGUCUCUAGUUCUAAUCGUGGUAACCAAAGAUGGUUGUGAGUGAUGCAAGUAUACACAAUAUUAUGGGGGGAAUGGAGAGCACGGCGGGAGUACGACUUCAUAAUCACCGACGGAAGCUCAAGCAGAGGUUUGACAUCAUUAAGAAGCUUGGACAAGGAACAUACGGAAAAGUUCAGCUAGGGAUCAACAAAGAAACGGGACAAGAGGUUGCCAUCAAGACAAUCAAGAAGGCAAAAAUUGAGACUGAAGCAGAUCUGGUGAGAAUUCGACGUGAGAUUCAGAUAAUGUCAUCAGUUCAGCAUCCAAAUAUAAUCCAUAUAUAUGAAGUGUUUGAAAACCGAGAGAAGAUGGUACUUGUGAUGGAAUAUGCAGCAGGAGGAGAACUGUAUGACUUUCUAAGUGAAAGGAAGGUACUAGCUGAAGAAGAAGCAAGGAGAAUAUUUAGGCAAAUUGCAACAGCUGUAUACUACUGCCACAAGCACAAGAUCUGUCAUAGAGACCUCAAACUAGAAAAUAUUUUGCUGGAUGAGUACGGUAGUGCAAAGAUUGCAGAUUUUGGGUUGUCAAAUGUAUUUGAUGAGCAGAGGCUUCUGAAUACAUUUUGUGGCAGUCCAUUAUAUGCCUCACCAGAAAUAGUCAAAGGAACACCCUAUCAUGGACCUGAAGUUGAUUGCUGGUCUCUUGGUGUGUUGUUAUACACACUUGUAUAUGGUGCAAUGCCAUUUGAUGGAUCAAAUUUCAAGCGUCUUGUGAAGCAGAUUUCACAGGGUGACUACUUUGAGCCAAAGAAACCAUCACCUGCUUCUCCAUUGAUCCGAGAGAUGCUGACUGUUACUCCAGCACGUCGUGCUGAUAUAGAGAAAAUAUGCUCUCAUUGGUGGGUGAAUGAAGGUCAUACAGAUUUGUGCCUGGAUAUAGCAGAGGAAUUAGCAAAUCAGACACCAGUUCGGCUGGAUCUUCUACUUUCCUUGGCUCCACCACCACCUGCAGUUGGUAGUGACAAGAUGUUACUUACAGAUGAACAGGGUCAUGGUGACUCCAGAGCAAUCGUUGCAGACCAGUUAGGACCACCUCGCUGCCAUUCAGUUGGAAGCCUGAUGGAAUUAGAUCAGACUUCAACUGAGCGACGAAUACGAGAAUUUGAAAAGGGGAAGCGAAGGGGAAGUGGUGGAGAUGCCAAGGAUGCUCCAAAAAGAAAGCUAGAAGAAGGAAUAUCAGCUGAGGAUGCUGCCCAGGGUGGAGCCAAAAGAAAAGAAUGUCUUGGCAAACGGGAACGUUGUGCUGAUCAGAAUCAGUCUACAGUACGGUCUAGUAAUCAGAGCACACAGGCCUCUGACACUAAAGAAAACAAGCAGAGCAUAUCUGAAGCUGAGGAGAAGAUGGAUAUUGACACGGAUAUUGAGAUACCAGAACCGGUCAGUUCUGAAAUUUCCAAAGAAACAAAUGAACCGCCUGCUGUUAAUGGUGAAACUUUAAUGAAUGAGACACCUGUAGUUUUGGAUUCUGCAGAAAGUUGUGAGGCUGAUACAAUGACACAGAAGACUUCGCAGAAAGAUCCAACAAAGAAAACCAUGGCAGGAGACAGAAUGGCAAGAAAAUCAGUAAAAGGUUCCAUGAAAAAAUCAAAACCAUCAGUUGAUAGUGUUCCAACUAAUACUGAAACUGCAAUAACUAAGGAUGUUGAACCUAAACCAAAAACAACACAGACUGAAGUGGAAGGGACCAAAGCUGAGAAGAAUACAGAAGAAACCCCUACAGCAGCACACCUGCUAUCCAGUGAAAGUAAUAAAACAAAAGAGGGAACAGGUGAACCUCCAGUUGAAGCUGUAAAACCCAAAGUGAAAAAGAAGAGAGUGCCAAAUUCUAAUAAAUCAGAAGAUACUUCAUUAGAAAAUUCACAGAAUUCAGCAGGAGAAGUAGAUGUACUUGAAUCUAGUCUAAAGGCAACUGAUAAGUCUAAUUUAGAUGAGAGUUCUAGUCUGUUAAAAAAAGAAGUAGGUGACACUAAAAUAAAUAGCAGUUCUGAUAACAUUUCUAAAAAUUCUUUGUCUUCCAAAGACAGUAGUGAAAGUAAAACUUCUGGUACGUCAAAGACACCUGGUGUUAAAACGAAGAAGGUCCGUGGUGAUUUAAGUCUUGGUAAAUUAAGUUCAGGUACUGAUAAAUAUUCUAGAGGAGAUGAAUUGGCCUCACCCACUAAACCUGUUGAAAGGAGGCGUUCAAAAAUAUUUGAAAAUGGUGACAAAUUCAAUAUCUUUCUUAGCGGCUCUGAUUCAAAGUUACCAACAACAGAAAAACCCAAAAAAGUAUUCAUACCUGGAGUUAAAGUUAGUGACUAUAAACAGGCUUUUGAGAGAAGAUCGUCACUUACUUCAGCCCUUCCUGUGCCAAUCAAAAACUCUUCAUCAAAAAAAGCUGUAGGUCAAAACUCUAAACUUAUUACAACAAAAAGUUCUUCCUGUGAUAGUGAUAAUGUUGAUACACCCAGAGCAGUGAAAGAUGUAGGAAAAAGUUCAGAUGUUAGUGAAUUGAUCACAGAAUCUGAUUUGAAUACUCCAAAACGUUUAGAAGAUUCCCAGAGCUUGAAGAAGGAAGAAACAUUGCCUGAAUCAUCUAGGGAAAAUCAAUUGUUCAUAGAGUCUAGUGCAUCACAGACUGAUGCAAUAUGUUCUCUAGAGCAAAGUACAAAACCUAACAUGGAAGAAAGUAAUGAAUGUAAGAGCAUGAAUCCUGAGAAUACUGUGACAUCUGCCACAGCAAAAGAUGAAGAGGCAGAUUUAAAAUUGGUGCCAGCUUUGCACAUGACAGAUAAAGUGUUCCAGCAAGAGAAAGCCAGAAUAAAGAAAUUAAAAGAUGCCGUUGAAAUAAUAAGCAAUGCAAUUGCAGAGGAAAGCAAAAGGGAGUCAGAUUCAGCUGCAGUAAAAAAGAUUUCUGCAGCAAAGCCUCCUGUUCCCAUUUCACCUGACAAAUCCAAAACAAUGAGUGCUGGAAACUCAAAUUCUUCUUCGCCUAAAUCUCCUCCUAUGUCUCCUACUGAUGCAUCUUCUGGUAAAAUGACUAUACAGGUCCAGAUUGCUCCAAAUGAUGUGAGAUUGGCAACUGUUCAGGUUUCAACUCCUCAGAAUUCAAGUUUUCCAUUUGAUGAUACAUCUGUAUCAAAAUUAUCAGCUGACAAAAGUAGUGAAACUCCAUUUGGAAAACAACAUGCAAAUGAAGAUACCGGUAAUGUGUAUAAGGAAGAAGACACAUCUGAAACUAAGCAAGUUGAAACAAGCCAGGACAUUACAUUGCCAGCAAAGAAGAAAUCAGCAAAAGUUGAAAUUACAUUGAAGUCUGCCACAUUACCAAGAAGGCGAACAUCGAAAGCUGAAAUUCAGUUAGGUUUUCCGCCUGCAACAGGAGCACCUGGGGAAUAUAGGACUGAAGUUGAGCACAUGGUUGGCACUACUGCUCCUUCUAGGUUGCAAACUCAGCGUUCUGAAGUUGCAUUUCCAGUGGCUGCAGCUACUAAUGUGAAGCCAUUGACAUUCAGGUCAUCAUCCCUGGAACCAGAAGGCACUGCUAGCAGUAGGAGUAAACCUCGGGAGCAUAUCAUCCCAAUACGCAUGGAACAGAAUUCAGAUGAGAACAGUCCUGUGUCUAGUCCACCACCUGCUAAACCUCCAGUACCUUGUGUACAGCAGCAGAGAUCAGUAUCUCAGAGAUCAAGCAGCUUGUCUCGGCAAAGUACACAAGACUCUGAUACAGACAGUACAAUCUCAGUGCCCGGCCCAGAGCCUAUAAGAAAAUCUCCACGGGAGUACAUCAUCCCAAUUGCAGUGGAAGGUGGAGGCUAUAUUACACCAAGGGCUGGAAGUUUGGAACCUUCUGUGUCAGAGGUUUCAACUGAAGCAUCACGUCACCACCAUCGCUCUUCUGGACGUUUUAACAUACCCAGAAGAAUGAGCAGUCUGCUAAGUGACAGUGGGGCCAGUGAGGAUGAAGGCUUCAACAGUCUGAGUAGUCCAUUUGCUACUCUUCAGAGGCACAGUUCUCUUGGCAAGGAUGAUCCUGAUGAUGAGAGAUCUAUCCAUCACAUGCACAGGUUAAGGAGUUCCAGGCCAAACCGACGAACACCACUGGAACACAACGAUAGUUUGAGCUCUGCUGAGGAGGAUGACGACGAUGAUGGCUUUGAAAUUCUUACCGCGGAAUCCCUCUUUUCCACCCUUCUCUCCAGAGUACGUAGUUUGACUCAGAGGUUAAAUGUUGAAGAUGGUGGUCGUCCAGGUUUCCCGUCAAGUCGAUUGUUGAGCCAUAUAGCACCUUCUGGACGUGCUUCUCCAUCGAGUGGUUUCUGGAGCAAUGUGUACAGUCGACAAGGAGAACCACUUUCCAGGCGGAUAUCUGAGAGUUCUCAGUUUUUACGACCAUUUGGGCAUGAUGGAAAAGGCACAGCACCUUGGCGACGUAGUGUCAGCAGGGAUGUUUCAGAUGGUGACAGUGUUUACAGUGAGACCACAAACAGCAUGACGGGUGGAGGGACGCUACCAAGAGGUUUAUCAAGAUUUGACUGUGAAAAUGUAAGUGAUGAUGUUGAAAGUGAGCUGAACAGUUCACAUUAUUAUGCACCAAGCUUGGCUCAGCGAAUGCAUUGCCACUGGCACUCACCUAGCCAAGAUGUAGGAAACCAGUCAACUAUGAUUCGACAAAUUUCGUCGUCAGAUUGCCUUGCACCCAAACGAAAUUCGUCUCUAUGUUCAUUAACAUCUGAGGAUAGUAAUAUUCCACAGCACACAUCCAGAAGACUCUCAAGGACACUUUCCUUGCGAAAUACAGCUGAUGAGAGAUCUAACAGUAAUGUAUCCAGGAAUCAUGACUCACAUUAUAGGAACAAUCAUUUACUCAGCUGUUCAACAUUUAGAGAUCAAGAAGAAAAACACAGCAAUGAAAACUUUACCUCAUAUUUACCUAGAAAAGAUUAUAUGUCUGAUACUCAAGAAUCCUUUAUAGCUCACACAAGGAAAGAUUAUUUGCCUCCAACUCGUAGAGCUCUGAGUUUAUUAGAUUCAAAAGGUAGGACUGUUGGAAGCAUGUCUACUAAUAGAGGUAAUCCAGCAACAUCAGAUUGUGAUAUAAACAGUAAAGCCUUGGAUCUGGACAGAGUUCUCCCACCAUUGCCUUAUAAUGCCGGAUCUCAAGGACAAAGAAGAGAAGUGGGGCGAAGCUCAUCUAGCACUAGACGGUGUUCUAUGGAUGUGACUGGUGGUCCAUAUGGGAAUCAUUUGAAUGGUAGUAGCCAUAAUUUGCAACAUUCAAGUAUCCAAGAAGAGGUAGCAUAUGAUCGUCCUCAUCAUUCUUCGUCUCUUCCUAGCAUGGCCAAGACAAAGGAAAAGAAGUCUGUUUCUUCAUAUGGUGGCAAGCCAUCUGACAAAGUGAACACAGAAUUGAAGAACUCUUGUGAUCAUGGUGUAGGCACCUUUUACAGUUCAUAUCUUAAUCCAAAAAGCAUUAGUUAUGUUUCAACCAUGCCUUCUCAGCUGAAUAACUCAAAGUUUAAAAGUGUGGAAAACUCCAGUUCAGUCCCUGAAAGCUUGCCUGGCUUCAGAAGUAAACAUCAGGACAAACUGCUAAGGAAAAACAACACUAAUGCAACAUCAUCCUCAGUAUCUAAAGGCCAUAGUCAGAUUCCAUCAUUGUUAAAUUUUCAUUCACCUUCUGCAAAUACUUAUGCAGUAGAAAAGCAAAGGAAUAAAGAUUAUCCUGUUAACAUAGAAGAAGGAGCAAAUUGUGUAAGGAAACCACAAUCAUCUAGUUUGUUACGCUGUACACCUGAUCGUUCAAUACUGAGCAAAUUUUUCAGGCAGGGCCCUGAAGAGAAAGAUGUAACACGUGAAGUUGAGUCUGCAAAUGGAGAUAAGGAUGCUGCCAAAAAGAAACGCCGUAUUUCUCGUUUUCUGCGUCCAGAUUUUUUUGAUACUCCACGAGAAGAGAGCAUUUAUGCCAAGGAAAAGGAUGCGAAGAAAGCAGCUGAAGCAGAAAAUAAGUUGAGACUACGGAGGAACUUAAAGCAGUUGGUUGCAGAGAAUAAUGGUUCUCAGUCUCAGUUGCAGAAACCUACAGAAAUUGGGUUGUCUCUUCUUACUGAAAUAAUUUUCAAGACAGACCCUGUUUCAGCAUCUUCAGAUAAUAUAAAUACUGACAAGGAUAAUAUAAAUUUGAUGAACGGUAGCAGGAGUGAGAUGGAACAGACUGGAGAAGAGAAAGAGAGUGGAGAACAAAAGAAAUCAGCAAAUGAUAUGAGAGAGAAGCCAGAUAAUAUUAAUGAUAUUAAAAAACCAGAGAAAAGGUGUUCAGCAUUUGAAAAGCAGCCGAAUAAUGUGACCAACAAGAACAGGUUCCUACAUUCACUGGAGAAAAAGCUUGAAAAAUUUAGAUCAUCAGUUGACUCUACUCCUUCAGCCAACAGUUGUGGAAAGAGUCGUGUAGACAAAGCCAUUUGCUCACUGCGUGAGCAAAGCUUAACUCCUCGCAGUGGCGAUGUUAUGACUUCCGAGUCCCACCUCUUGAAACGUGCAGUUUCUGUCAGUGAUUGUUGUACUGUUGAGUCCAGCUCCAAAAGUAAUGUACCUUCUAUGAAAGAAAGUGUUAGUUCAAAACUGGGGAACAAAGUAACUUCUGUUCUUGGUUUAUUUCGGAAACUAGAAGAUGCUCCAAUUAAAACACAUCAAUCAACAUCUCCUCGACCUUCGGUAUUAUCUCGUCAGAAACGUACUCAGUCUGUGUAUGGGGGCUCUCACAGUGACAGUGUUCUGUUAGAACCUGGUGGGUUAGAAUUCAAAUCUGUUCCUCCAUUACAUUUGAAGAAAACCAAUUCAAAUUCAUCUGUGGUUAAAAGGAAGACUCUUCAGAAGGAUGGGACAAUUGAGAAAGAAGACUUGGAGAAUAGUAAAAUCAUAGAGAGUCAGUUACAGGAUCCAGGCUUAAAGAAACUUGAAAAUAAAACCACAAGACUUACAGAAGUGCUAACUACUGACAAUAUGUUGGGCAGUGAAACAGCUCAUAAUUCCAAUAUCGCACAUGAUCGCAGUGUGUUAGAAGGCAGCCAUGCAACAAAGCAGCAAGAGAGCAGUGUUCCAAAACUUCUAAAAAGAGGGAGUAUUAAAUCCAAGACAAAGAAUUCAAUUGAAACAGGUAAUAAAACACAGCCUAAAAGUUUUUCAGAUGUAGAUUCGAGUACUAGAAGUGCAUCUGUAGUUGAGCAGGGUAAAAGCUGUAAAGAUCAGGCUAAUAUCAGUUCAGAAUUAGAAGGCAAUAUUAAGUCAGUUCGACCAGGUUCCCUUACUGGGUUAAAGAGUGUAAUUCCAGAUAAUGUAAUUAAGGUGCCAGAUGCAGCUGACACCUCUGUGGAGAAGAAAUUUUUGAUGUCCGCAAAUACAAAUGAGUGUGUACGUUUAAUGUCGCAAGAAGCAGAAACUGGGAACAGCAAAGAUGAACUUGAUGGAAAUAAAAAUGUCUAUGUAAGAACGAAAAGUGCAGGAGAAGUUUCAUGUAACUCUUGUGCUGAUGCACAUAAAGCCAAUGAACCGAAAUCAUGCACAGUUUCUGAAGUUCCACCAACCAUGGAUAAUGUAUUCGAUAAUUCACCCGUAGACGAUUACAGUUUAAAUGAUGAUGAGGUAAAAUUCGCAAAUGUUAAGCGUCUUGAUUCAUGUUUGUACCCUGCUAAUGAUUCUUCUGUAUUAUCCCCUGCAGAUGAAUCGGAAAGUUUUGAUUCUUGGUCUGUUUGCUCAGACUUUGAGAGCCACGAAUAUGCAUCAUCACCUGUUCCCCUACCAGGAGAUGAUAUUGAAGAAAGUGUUGGUGAUAGGAUACGUAGGAAAAGUUUUUAUUCACGAUUCAAUGACAUUAAAAAGAAACAUAAGAAGCCACCCCUGUCUUCUAUCGGCUCUCUUUCAUUUUCAUACCGAGAUCCAAGUUCUGUUUCCUUUUUGCAUCCUCCAAGGAACUUCAUGAGGAAGAAGGACCAUCCUGCAGACUGUCUUCUUCAUUCCAGCCAUUCUAUAUAUUACCCACUAAAGUCACAUAGAAGCCAUUCUCUUUAUGCUCAGAAUGAUUAUGACAGGCUUCCUCCAUGCAGUAGGAAAUCACCAGUUCUGUCUAAAUUGCAAUACAACUCUCUUGCUGAAAGUAAUGUAAAACCUUUAGUUACAAAAAAUGUGACUCGUGAUAGGAAUGGAAAUGUGGAUGAUUUUAUCUUGAUUGACAAGAGUGAUGUGUGGGAUGACAAUCAGAAAGCUUCAGUGUCAGUAGAUGAAGUUUUACAGACCACAUCAACUGUUAGAGAAAAUAUACCUUUUCUUGGAGGGAGCGUGGAAAACCUACGAAUGCCAAGACAUUUUAACCAUAAUGUAAAUUUCAGUACGUUGCCAUACCAGUCUUUAUACUCAGAUACCAUGAUAAAAGCCAGUGAUUCUCAUCUGUCAAGGUCUAACGAGUCUGGUACUGGAGCUACCAUUCCCAAGUCUUGUUUGCCUGCAGUAUUGGAUCGGCAUCUGUCCUUGCCACCUAGGUUUGACAGUAACAAUAGUAGUAUUGCUGUUACCAGUUGUCCUGGCAGUGCUGUUGUGUCAGCAUCAGUUACAGGGGAGACUUCACCAUUACAUGGGAAAUACAAGAGGCAUAACUCACACAGCCUACUGAAUGCGCCAUCCUCAGUAUGCAAUGGAUCACCUACAGCUGCAGGAGAGGAUCUAUACAUGGAAUCAGAAUUGCCUGUCACGCCUGACUAUGCAUCAUAAAGUUAUAUUUAUUUGGAAGCAGCUUAUAGAACUAUGAUUUUCUACAGAGAGAUGUAGCUGAAUGUUUCUACAACUUCUUGAAACAGUGUAAUGAAAAGCAGACUAUAUGAAUUCCAGGGGUUGAAGAAAUUAAAUAUCAGUAGAACCAGAUUUUAAUUGGAACAUAAGAGCACAUUUUUACAUUUUCUUGUAACUUUCAAAUUUUAAAAUGUACACUUCAUAUUCUAUUUAAUGCAUCGAGUCACACUUUAUUGAAGCCAUGUGGAAUUGGUGUAAUAAUUACACCAUAUUUAUGAAUUCAAAGAUCCUGAACUGAAAGUUCACAAACACAUUGUAGACAUACGAAGGGGGACCCAAAAAUAACCGGAAACGACUUGUUGCGCGCGCAUGCUUUGUAGUUAACAGUUG